AUGGAGGUGUUUUUUCAACUGCCGCAUUGUGAAAUAAAUGAAAAUGUGCUAAGAGAUGUUCAAAAUAAGCGUGAUGUCUUGAAGAGUCGUAUAACACACAUUAUAGAUUGUGAGGCGUAUACAUGGCGUAAAAACAAUUUUCUACGCGAAGUUUCUGUAUUGUGUAGAGCCACAAAUAUUGUUACGACGUAUCAAAUUUACAUUCCAAAUGUCACGCUGUUUGAUGAAAAUGAUCGCGCAGUCCGCUACCAAAUAAGGGUAAUACACAGUCUGCCCAUUAAAAGACGGCGUAUUGAUAAUAAUUUUUAUUUAUAUAGUGAAAUAGUGGCCAUGUUGCGUAAAAUAUUUCAAGAUGCCGAUUUGGUGGGGUACAAGGGCGGAAAUAUUGGACGUAAUUUAUUGAAUCGGAUCGGUGUUUCGUGCGUUAAUAUGGAAAUUUUAGGGUGCCCAAAAUAUGAAUGUUUAUUAAAGGAUAAUGGCAAUAAAUUUUUUUAUUCCUGAUAUUGGUAAAACUGGACCCCCUGAUUACGAAUAUGCUAUUAGUUUUUAUCAAAAAUGUUUUGUUCUCGAGUUAUUUCACCGUAAAUAUUCAGUACGUCCGCCAUCUUGGAUCGAUUUUCAAAAAAAUUAUCUUUUGGGUCACAUGACCUGUGUGACGUCAAGAGCAGGGUAGAAUCAAAACAGCAAAUAUAUUUUAUUAGGCGCAUAUUGCAACUUCGUACUUCUAGUGAGAAAUUUGGCGCUUUUUGAUUACUUAGAUGGAAAAUAUCCACGAUGUCAAGUAGAUAAGGUAUUGCCUUAUCAAUUUGAACCUAAACUGGGCUUACAAACAAGCGAUAGCGGUGACGAGAGCGACUCCGAAGAACAGAGUGAAUCGUCUGACGAGGAAAUCACCAAGUGUUUGAGGUCGAAAAUGCUUGGCGCAUUUCGCAUUGAAGCCAAAGGAUAUUGA